AUGGACAGGUCCGAACCCAAGCCAAUCCCGGCUUAUUACUGCUGUUAUCUCCUCAGAUCAACAGUAAGACAUGCCUCGCUGUACAUUGGCUCAACGCCAAACCCAAUACGACGACUCCCCCAGCACAAUGGCAUCGCUAAAGGUGGGGCCAAACGAACCGCCAGGGACAAAUUACGACCCUGGGAAAUGUCCAUGCUGGUGGAAGGGUUCAUGAACAGAGUCGGGGCUCUACAAUUCGAGUGGGCCUGGCAACAUCCGGAGAGAUCUCGGCAUCUUGGAUCCGAGGAUGAGCUAGAUCCCAAUGCUCUGGCCAAGACCAAUAUCAACCCCAAGACUGGCAAACCAAAGGCCAAACCGCGUGCGCGCGUGAGGAGAUCUUUGAUGGCUCAUCUCGAAGAUCUGCAUUCCCUGCUUCGGUCGUCUUACUUCUCUGUGUGGCCAUUGCGGGUUCGCUUCUUUCGGGCCGAUGUCUACCGCGUCUGGCGGGCUUGGAGUGACCGAGUUAAUGGUCACCUGCCACCAAACAUCAAGAUCAUCCUAGACGGUGAUAAUCUCGGCACGAUAUCAGCUGUCCAAAAAGGCAAUGACCUCGCUCCUGUCGGGGGCGUGACAAGCUUAUCGGUUGACUACACGGAACUGGAGGAUUAUCUCGAAAAGUCCAUGUUCAUACUAGAAGACCCAGAAGAUCUACACUGCAAAUGUUGCGAUGGACCCGUGUCUCCGGAUGAAGAACAGAUAGUGGUAUGUCCAGAGCCAGACUGCCGUGGUACAAGUCAUAUUUUAUGUCUAUCUACCAAGUUUCUCGACGCUACCAAUGAUUUAGACCGUCUGACACCAGUUCAAGGGACCUGCCCAGCAUGUUCAAGGGUGGUACAAUGGCCGGUGAUGAUGAAAGAGCUCAGUUGCCGCAACCGAGCAGAAAAAGAAGCGCGCGCAAUCAUCACCAAGAAAGAGAAGCGUCUCCGCAAAGAGGCCAAGGCAUCAUCUGGAUCCCAAACAUCCCCUCUGAAAUUCAGAUCUCAACGGACACGAGAACCUACGGAAGAACCAGCCGAAGACGACCUAGGACCAGACUGGUACAAAGAGGUUGAUCUGGAAUCCGACUCCGAUUUUGAUGGUCGACAAAAGAGCAAAACCUCUCGAUCUGCGCCAAAACUUGACAUUGUAAUUGAAGACAGCGAUUGGGAUGAUGCAGAAGUUGUGGAAUGA